UUGAACCUCCUCGAUCGUUCACAUCCGGUUCAAUUCCGCGUCAACGAAGGGAAUGACAGACGGAUCGAGGUGAGAACGGAGAAAGGUGCGUUCAAUUUCAGUAAAUUCAGGGUGGAUUCGUGUUGUAAAGAGUUGGCAGGGAUCGCGGAGAAAAGAGCAGUGGAUAAUCGUCCGGGGUUGAAUUUCACCAAAAAAUGACGAGCCGCGAUGAGUUGGUCUCGCAAUUCGCAGACGUAACUGGUGUCGAAGCCGAGAGAGCGUUAUUUUACCUCGAGUCAUCUGCUUGGCAGCUCGAGUAUUUUUGCAGGUUGCCCUUGCUAGUUUUUACGAGAACUUAGAGGAGUUCCCUGGAUUAGUGACCGAGGCUAUUGAUGAUACGCAACAGGAGGAAGAAUUACAAGAUAGAGCAGACACAAUGUCAAACAAAAAUGUAAAAUCUGACUCAACGGAGUCGAAGGGCGCUAAACCAAAACCUAGAUUUGGAACAUUAAAUGAUCUUCAAAACAAAGAUAGCAGUUCCGAAGAUGAGGAAGGACAAGCAUUUUAUGCUGGAGGUUCUGAGCACAGUGGACAGCAAGUUUUAGGACCAGGAAAGAAAAAGAAAGAUAUUAUUAGCGAUAUGUUCAAAUCUUGUCAAGAACAAUCAAUUGCUGCAGAUCCCCCAAAAAUGGGAGGUCAACAAAGGCCGAACACAUUCAGUGGCACAGGAUAUAAAUUAGGUCAAACUAGUUCCGAUAGCGAAGUAGUCAUAGGAGCAAAUGCAGAUCAACAAUCUUCAAACGGUCUUAUUACAUUGAAAUUGUGGAAGGAUGGAUUUACAAUAAAUGACAGCGAGAUUCGAUCAUAUGGAGAACCCGAUAACAGAGAAUUUCUUGCCGCUAUUAAGCGAGGCGAAAUCCCGGCAGAGAUUCGUCAACAGGUACAAGGCGCAGAAGUACGUCUUGAUAUGGAGGAUCAUCGUCAUGAGGUCUAUGUUCCAUCAAAAACCAAGGUGAAAGCUUUCUCUGGAAAGGGACAUAUGUUAGGAAGUCCAUCACCAGCUACUGUAGGUAUGACAGUUCCAACUGAUCCUGCUGAUCAAGCUGCCAAUGAAGCGCAAGCGAGAAAAGAAUUGAAUGUAGAUACCUCAAAGCCAACGACAACGUUACAAAUUCGUCUCGCGGAUGGCAGUACCGUGAAGGCUCAAUUUAAUUUAUCACACACUAUCGCCGAUCUUAGACGAUAUAUAAUAACUAUGAGACCUCAGUAUGCUCUAAGGGACUUUAGCUUGUUAACCGUAUAUCCAACGAAAGAACUUACAGAAGAUAAAACAAUUGAAGAGUCUGGUUUGCAAAAUUCGGCUAUAAUGCAACGACUGAAGUAAACUUUUUUUAAAUUUCUAGAAAGAUGUAUAACAAUUAGAUAUAUACCAAAUAUAUGUUAAAUUGCUUA